UUUUCACUACUCAUGUGAGCAACACGAGAUAUGUUUGAACACGAGCGUGCACGGAUCCUGCAAGAGAGUCACUAGGAUCCAUGGGCUAGGGUACAUCGAGGCCGAUUGUACAAUCGACGGAGUUAAGGAUCAUUCAAGUUUGAGUCUCCAAAAAACACAACAGCCAUGUUCGACGAAUGCAGGCGAAGAGAUAACUUACCCUGUUGUCGCCGUGGCACAUUAGCUCAUGGUAAACUGAAAGAUUGGAUUGAUCGAACGGGCCAGUUCGCUCUGCAACACAAUGCGUCAACCGACAUCAAUGAGAGUAACGUGACGCGUAUCCGUCUGUUGAUGUGCGAAAGAACGGCAUGGCCAAAACUUGGAUUUCCUGUGAGUCAAGCGUGUUUCCUCGAAUUAGAAAGAGUCUUUGACUUUCCAAAGGCUACCCUGCCCUUGAUUUUAGCAAUACGGGGCUGGAGCUCUAUAACUUGAAUUACAACCGACUAGAAAGCGGAUCUCAGAUACUGGC